UUUGUUCUGAUUUGGUUCGUGGUGCGAAGGACAAGCGCCUCAGGGUGAAGGGACCUGUGAGGAUGCCAACUAAGGUUCUUCACAUCACUACCAGGAAAUCCCCCUGUGGUGAAGGUACCAACACCUGGGACAGAUUCGAACUACGUGUUCAUAAGAGGGUCAUUGACCUCUACAGUUCCCCUGAUGUUGUUAAGCAGAUUACUUCAAUCACAAUCGAGCCUGGUGUUGAGGUUGAGGUCACAAUUGCAGAUGCUUGAUCUCAGUUUUUGAAGAUUAAAGACAUUAAUUUUGUUGUGCUUGCUUAGUUAUUUAUCUUUUUUGUUUAGUUUUUAUGGUUUUUGGACAUCGGUGAAUGAAAAAGUUAAACAUCAUGCUUCAUAUGGUUUAGGGUUA